GGAGGGGAGCGCACGUCGUGGUGUGGGGAGUGCUGUCAGAACAUCGACAGUGGACCAAUAUAGGACCGGUGCGGUCCGCACCCCGCACAGGGGCACCGAUCGGUGACUGUGACUGUUGCUUAUAAGAACGUGACAACAUCGACAAACACUAUGUGAAGACAACUGUCAGCAUCGACGAGCUCUGUUACGUUUUGGAAGUUUAUUACGAUGGCAGCGCAAGACGUGACCUAAGGUCUACAAUCUACGCCAAACGAGCAUCAGUAGCAUUGCACCACCGAUGUAAGCUCAGCCUGCAACAAUGGCGGAGUCUGUCAAGGUGCUCGUAAGAUGUCGACCGAUGAACGGACGAGAGAAGAAGCUCGAUUGCGAGGUCGUCGUCUUCAUGGACGACAGUGUCAUGCAAGUCUCCAUCAUCAACCCCGGGGAUAAGAACGCACCGCCCAAGACGUUCACCUUUGACGGCGUAUACUACAUGGACUCCAUCACGGAGAACAUCUACAAGGACAUGGCCUACCCGCUAGUUGAGGGCACGCUGGAGGGCUACAACGGCACCAUCUUCGCCUACGGCCAGACCGGCUGCGGCAAGUCCUUCUCCAUGCAGGGCAUCCCCGACCCGCCCACGCAGCUGGGGCUCAUCCCACGAGCUUUUGAGCACGUGUUUGAUGUCAUCAGCACGUCCACCGAGACCAAAUACCUGGUUCACGGUUCGUACCUCGAAAUCUACAACGAGGAGAUCCGCGACCUGCUGGGCAACGACCCCAAGAAGAAGAUUGAGCUGAAGGAGCACCCGGAGAAGGGCGUCUACGUGCAGGACCUCAGCCGGCAGCCGUGCCACAACAAGGACGACUGCGACAUGCUCAUGCAGAAGGGCUGGAACAACCGCUCCACCGGCGAGACGCUGAUGAACAAGGACUCGUCGCGCUCGCAUUCCAUCUUCACCAUCUUCUUGGAGAUGAUCACGCCGGCGAAGAAGGGGAAGGACCAGUUGCGUGCCGGCAAGCUCAACCUGGUCGACCUGGCUGGCUCGGAGCGGCAGGCCAAGACAGGCGCGACUGGGGACCGACUGAAGGAGGCCACCAAGAUUAACCUCUCGUUGUCGGCGCUGGGCAACGUCAUCUCGGCGCUGGUGGACGGCAAGAGCAAGCACAUACCCUACCGGGACUCCAAACUCACCCGACUACUACAGGACUCGCUCGGCGGCAACACCAAGACCAUGAUGGUGGCCUGCCUCUCGCCGGCCGACAACAACUAUGACGAGACGCUGAGCACGCUACGCUACGCCAACCGCGCCAAGCAGAUCAAGAACAAGCCCAAGAUCAACGAGGACCCCAAGGACACGCUGCUCAGGGAGUACCAGGACGAGAUUCGCAAGCUACGGGAGCAACUUGGAGACGGUGGUGCGCCGGCGCCCGCCCAGCUUGAGAAAGUUGUGGACGAGGAAGCUGUUGCCAAAGAAAGGGAGAGGCUAAAAGCCGAGUAUGAAGAGGAAAUGAAGAAAAUGCGUAAAGAGCUGGAGGCUCAGAAGAGGUUAGGAGAAUCCACCGGAGGCCAAAACAAAAAGAAGCUAGAAAAAGAAGCAGAGAAAAUCAGACAGGAGUUCUUGGAGCGGGAAAAGAGGCUUAAGGAAGAGCUGGAACACCAGAGAUCCCUGCUGACCGGCGGCGCCAUUCCAGACAACGUCGAUCCGGAGAUAUACGAGAAACUGAAGACGCUGCAGAAUCAGAUGGUGGGUGGGGAGCAGGCCAACAACCAGCAGGCCGUACAGAAGCGCAAGAAGGUCAGCGAGGAGGUGCAGCGACGUCGCAAGGAGAUCGCCAAGGCGGUGGGUCGCGGCGCGGCCGAGGGUGAGGACGACGACGAGAUCCUGGUCAAGGCCUACGAUGACGUCCAGGCCACGCUCAAGGCACGCACCGAGCUCGCCAAGAAGAUGAAAGUCCGGUUGCGGGCACAGGAGGAGGAGAUCCGCGACAUCCAGCGGGAGUUCGCCACAGAGCGCGACGACUACCUCGAGACGAUCCGGCGUCAGGACCAGCAGCUGAAGCUGAUGCAGCAACUGAUGGAACGCGUGCAGCCCACCAUCCGCAAGGAUUGCAACUAUGCCGACGUCGAGGCCAUCAAAAAGCAGGCGGUGUGGGACGAGAUCGACCAGCGCUGGCGGCUGCCCGAUGUCCAGGUGGUCAAGACCAAGCUGCCGCCCGCCGGCCCCUCCGGUGUGCUGGGCGGCCCCGGUCUGAGCAGCUUCAAGGGACCGGGACAGAGCGGCGGCCGCGCGCCCUCGCAGACGGCGCCGGCUCGACUCGGCAUCGCAUGGGACAGCGAGGAGGAGGACAAGUUCCUCAAGCGGUUGGAACGCAGUGCUGAGGAGAAUGUCGCUGGACAGUAUUUCAAACCUGCUGGAAACCGGCAAGCAGAAAUAUUGUUCAAAACUCAGCAAACAGCGGAGAAAGCGGCCAAACUUAACCAAGAGGCGCACUCCUCCAAUGAGAGCUUAGGCAGCGGGAGCCCCUCCGGCUCCCAAACCUUGCUGGACACUUCGCUGAGUUUCUGGUCGGCGUCCAAGCAGUGGCUAGGUAUGUCCAGCUUCUCCCCCGUGUCGACGAGGAAACCCAACCGUCUGGCACCGGUGCACGACAAGAAGAAGAACACCAUGGACCUGAUAUAGCCGGCGGCGAUGUGUCGAAGCGGACGGAGGGUGGCCGUGGUCCUGCCCUCUGCCCGGCGUGCUGCAGCCACACCUUAGGCGCCAGCUGGCGCGCCUUGUGUGUGUGCAUGUGUGUGUGUGUUCGCGGGGCAGCCUGCCCUCCCCGGAGUAGCGUUCAGUUGGCUCGCCAGCGCCGACCUGACCUUUGGGGAUCCGGCGGACGGCGCACGGGCUGCUUAUUGUUGUUAGCGAACGAGCUCAGUGUAAUUCGGCGACGUUGCCGCGGCGGGCGGGUGGCGGAUGUGCUGAGGUUUUUUGACGAAGUCAAUGCUAUUAGGUGGCUGCGCCAGUCAUCUGGAAUUUCGGAUAAAAAAUGAUCACCAACUGGUAGACUCUUUCUGGACGCAAAACUGUAUGCACGUUGUCAACCAUGUUUGCCUUGGCCAUAAUUCAUUUUGUCUCAGUAUUUCCCAAGUAAAUAUUUGCAUCAACACGUAGUCCUCCUGGGAGGAUCUCUAACACAUUUUCUGCGCACCGCGCCCAGAAAUAGUGCUAUUUUUUAAGACAUCUGUUGGAUAUGUCUUUGGUGGUGUAUUGAUGAACGCUAUUCGUGAGAUGUCUUACUGCCACCUGCUGGUUGGUCUCAGAAGUUGUGGUUGGCAUGCGCUGCACAGAUGUCUGUGAUACUUUCGGUGCAACGUGGCAAUCAGUUGUCAUGAGCACACAAUUGCACGUUAAUUGUUUCAACAGGGCUGAAAAUUUUGGCUUUCUCGGAGAUGACUGCAAACUUUUCGGUACUGUUCAUUGGCAGUGUCAAGAUCUAGCUCAUGUAUGCCUUUGGACAUCCCUGGCAGAAUUGUGAGCUGAAGUCUACUUUGCCACGUCAUGAGUGUCACGUUGUGUACUUAAAGGAUGAGGAGCGGGCAGUAAUUUCGGCUUUGAACAUAAGCCCAUGGCGAUGUACGGAAAAAAUAGUCUCAAAUGCCAAAGCGUACUGUUGGAGCCAACCUUUACCCUUGAGGGAACUGUCGCUCCUGUACUGAAUAUGCAUCCGACUUGGGUUCUCCCCGCCAACGUACCCUCGUUGUCGAUCUCGUGGGCCCAAGUAAUUCAAUUGGCUGUCAAAAGCGCAACGCUUCCGUCAUGCACUUGACCUGCUUUGUUCACAGUGCGGGUCCCAGACCAUCUUUUGACAUGUCUCGCCCGACAAAUAUAUGAAACCGAACCACU